AUGUCUCAUUUUUGAGCCUUUCAAUCCUCUUUUCCUCUCCUGAGGUGUCCAAGCAACGGAGGACCACAAAAUCUAACCAACGUCUCCGUUUUCUUCCUCCUGGGGCUCUCCGAUGAUCCGGACAUACAGCCCCUCCUGUUUGGGCUAUUCCUCUCCAUGUACCUGAUCGCUGUCUCUGGCAAUCUUGCACUCCUCUUGGCCGUCUGCUCAGAACCCCACCUCCACACCCCCAUGUACUUCUUCCUCUGCAACCUGUCCUUGGCUGACAUCUGUUUCGUCUCUACCACCGUCCCCAAGAUGAUUGUGAACCUCCAAAUGCACAGCAGGGCCAUCUCCUACAUGGGGUGCCUGACCCAGAUGUCCUUUCUGAUCCUUUUUGGGUGUAUGGAUGGCAUGCUCCUGACCGCCAUGGCCUAUGACCGGUUCGUGGCCAUCUGUCACCCGCUGCACUACUCAGUUAUCAUGAGCCCCGGUCUCUGUGCCCUCUUAGUUCUGGUUUCUUUCUCGGUGAGUCUGUUGGAUUCUCAACUGCACAACCUAAUCGCGCUCCAACUUACCUGUUUCAAGGAUGUGGAAAUUUCAAGUUUCUUCUGCGACCCUUCUCACCUCCUUCACCUGGCCUGUUCCGUCACCUUCACAAAUAACUUGGUCAUGUACUUUGUUGGUGCCAUCUUUGGCCUCAUUCCAACUUCGGGGAUCCUUUUCUCUUACUAUAAAAUCGUGUCCUCUAUCCUGAGAGUCCCAUCCUCUGAGGGAAGGUCCAAAGCCUUCUCCACCUGCGGCUCUCACCUGUCUGUAGUUUGCUUGUUCUAUGGGACAGCCAUUGGGGUGUACCUAGGGUCAUCCUUGGAGUCAUCUCCCAGGAAGGACAUAGUAGCCUCCAUAAUGUACACGAUGGUGGCUCCCAUGAUGAACCCCUUCAUCUAUAGCCUGAGGAACAGAGACAUCAAGAGAUCCCUCUGGAAGCUUCACAGUAGAAUCCUAGAAACUCAUAUCUUUAUAAAUGUGCAUGUUUUUUGUGUCUUUUACAAGUGGAAUCUUACAUGUUACAAUGAUUAUUCUUCUGUAUUCGUCAUAGUUUAG